UUUUGGUAAAUUAAAACAGGAUUUUAUAUUUUAUUUCAAUCAUUUAUACUAAAAUAAUUUUUUUUAUUAUAUUUGGAAGAUUCUACAAGUUCUUCUGUAUGUAAAGAAAUAGAUGAUAGAUCAAAAUUAAAGUGUACAUGGAUUGAUUCUACAAAGCUGUGUUCUGGAGAACCUUCAAGUCCAGAAAUUGAUCGAUUUGGCUCUGUAAAAAAUGGUGGAUUUAAAUUUGUGCAACAAAUUAUACCAGUAUCCACUUUUAUUCAACAAUAUACUGAAGAGUCUUCCAAUUCUUCUGUGUAUAAAGAAAUAGAAUCUUUUUAUGAUGAAUCAAAUUCAAUAUCUACUUCUACUAACCAAUUCCCUGAUUAUUCAAUUGAAGAUUUGAAUUUGAAUAUGAAUAUAGACUUACAUGAAUCAAAUAAAUUUACAAAUGAUCCAGAUUUGAUUCCUCAAUAUGUGUCUAGUACAUUAUUGAGUUAUCUUGUUGAUUUAGGACCUUGUAAGCCAUUGCCUAGUGAAUUAAUUAAUAAUAUAUUUCCUGUUAAAACAGACUCAAUGGGCAGAAGUCGGUCUUUUCAUGAAUCAUAUUACUAUUAUAAAGAAACUGCUAAUCAAUUACCAACAAAACGACUGUGGCUUUCCUACUCUCCUUCUUCUGACAAAAUAUAUUGUUAUUCUUGCAAAUUAUUCGGAUUGGCUAAAGCCAAAAAAUCAAUCAUGGUCAACGGAUCAAAUGAUUGGACAAACCUCAAUAGAAAUAUCAAAAAUCAUGAAUGCAGCACUGAACAUUUAGAAUCUGAAAUUAGUCGGGGAUUGUACCAAAAGAAUUAUAGAAUUGAUUUGCAUAUAAUGGAAAAUGCAAAUAAAAAUAUAGCUGAAAACCGAGAAGUUCUUCGUGUCAUCAUUGAAAUUAUAAUAUUUUCAGCACGUCAGAAUAUAGCUCUUAGAGGACAUGAUGAAAAGUUGACUUCAAAUAAUAGAGGUAAUUUUUUAGAAUUAAUAGAGCUUCUUAGUCACCAUAAUGCUGUUUUAAAAAUACACUUAGAUAAAUUAAAAAAAAAGAAACAAAAUAGACUUACUUUUUUAUCUCAAAUAAGUCAAAAUAAAAUUCUUAAAAUAUUGGGAGAAUUGGUAAGAUGUUCAAUUUUAACCAAAAUUAAAAAAGCUGGAUUAUUAUCGGUCAUUAUUGACACAACCACUGAUGUUGCUAAUAUUGAGCAGUUUUCAUUUAUAAUAAGAUUUGUCAAUAUGCAUGGUGAUAUGGAAGAAAGGCUUGUAGCAUUAGAGGCUGCUGCUGAUGAGACUGGAAAAGGAUUAUUUAAAAAGUUUUGUGAAAUAACUGAAAAACAUAACAUUGAUUGGAAGAAAAACUUAUGUGCACAAGCAUAUGAUGGCGCUGCUGCAAUGCAAGGUACUUACUCAGGGUUACGGACAUUUAUUCAACGUGAAAACUCAAAGGCAAUUUAUGUAUGGUGCUUUGCACACUUAUUAAAUCUAGUUGUGGUUGAUACGUAUGACUCUUGUUCUGAUACAAAAAAUUUUUUUGGUCAUUUACAAUCAGUUAUUGAAUUUAUGAGAGCUAGGAAAAGGACUACUGUAUUUAUUGAAUGUCAACAUGAUUUAUAUCCAGAAGAAAGGGUUCGUCGUAUAAAAAGUUUUUCAAAUACGAGAUGGACAUCUCAUGAUCGAGUAAUUAAUGUUGUAUAUGAACGAUUUAAAGCAUUAUUAAAAUGUCUAAUUAUUUUGGAAUCUUUCAAUGAUAGAGUAACGUCUUCAAAUGCAAGCAUUAUUAAAAGUAUUUGUUCAACAUUCACUUUUGUAGUGACAUUAAUUUUUAUGAAAAAUGUCUUUUCAAUAACCACACCACUCUCCAAUUAUUUACAGUCAAAAUCACUAGACUUUAUUGAGGCAUUAAGACUUGUAAAUAAUGCUAAAGAAAAUUUACUUUCUAUGCGCUCUGAUAUAAAAUAUAAAAAAAUUAUAGAUGAAGCCAAACAAUUUUGUGAAACACAUGAUCUGCCUGAAAAAGAUUUCAAAAUUAUUAGAUUAAAAAAACGGAAGAGGCAAAUUGAUGAAAAUAUUAAAGAAGUAAAUUUAAAUUCACUAUAUGAAAACUAUAAAAUAAGUACAUAUUUUAUGGCUUUGGAUAAAAUAAUAACAUCAUUUACUUCAAGAUUUAGUGGUGCUCAAAAUAUUUUAAAAGACUUAUCUUUAUUUUCACCUGAGCGUUUAAUUGAGUUUGGAAAAAAUACUGAGCAAGAAUUACCAAAAAACUGCUUUAAUUAUGUUACAGAAUGGAUUGACGGUAUAUGCUUGGAAAAUUUAAAAAAUGAAUACAAAGUUUUUAGUACAAGUGUAACAUCUUUGCAUGAUGGAAUUAAAUUGCCAGAUAAUAUUCAUAAGGCUAGCAUUAUUGAUGACAAAACAAUGGAAUUGAAUUCGGAUACCUUAGAAAUCAGUGAAUCUGAAAUUGACCAUGAUGAAACUGAAUCAACAUGUUACAAAAAUACUAUUACGGUAUCCAGUAUUUUACAUGUACUAACAAGUUUUGAUUUAGUAUCUGCGUUCCCGAAUUUAUAUCUUGUUUACAAAGCAUUAGGAACAUUACCAGCAUCUUCAGCGUCAGCUGAACGAAGCUUUUCUAAGGUAAAAUUAGUGAAGACAAGACUGACGUGGUCUCGCGCAACGGCCGUUUGAAUUCAAACGGCAUUUGC